AUGAAGAAAAUGGCAGGUUUCCCAGAAUCCUUCAUCCUACUCCUCUUUCUCCAGAUGCUCACAAUGGGUUCAGCUCAGUUUGUUGUGAUGGGACCUGUUGAGCCCAUCCUGGCCUUGGAGGGGCGAGAUGCUGAGAUGGCCUGUCACCUGAACACUAAGGAGAAUGCUGAGGAUAUGGAGGUGAGGUGGUUCCGAUAUAAGCCCUCUAAUAUCGUGCACCAGUACCUUCGUGGAACAGACCAGUUUGGAAGGCAGAUGGAGGAGUAUCGAGGGAGAACGGAGUUGGUGAAAGACGCAAUGGAUUAUGGGAGUGUGGCUGUGAGAAUACACAACGUCAGAAUCUCUGAUGAGGGAAACUAUCACUGCUUUUUCUAUGAUGGUUCUCAUGAUGCAGAAGCCCCUGUGGAGCUGCAGGUGGUUGCUCCCCUCUUCCCGACGGCUUUGUCCUUGAUGGUGGCCCUGGGAGUGACCCUUCCUGUGCUGGGACUGCUCAUCGCUGGGGGUCUUUAUUUCUUCUGGAAACAGCACAGGGACAAAGAGAAAUUCCUGUUGGAGCUCAGGCAGACACUGGUAGAGUUACGCCCCACCGACGUCACUCUCGAUCCAGACACGGCGUAUCCCGAGCUCGUCCUGUCCGAGGAUCGGAAACGGGUGACACGGGGACACACGAGGCAGGACUUGCCCUACAACCUGGACAGAUUCAGUGAUUGUGGCUGUGUGCUGGGCCAACAGCGCUUCACCUCUGGGAGACAUUGUUGGGAGGUGGAGGUCGGGAAGAAAAGAAUCUGGUAUCUGGGGGUUUGUAGGGAAAAUGUGAGGAGGAAAGGGGGGAUCUCAGUGUCACCUGCAGAUGGAUUCUGGACCAUACAGAAAGAUGGAGAUGGAUACUGGGCCUGCACUUCUCCCCGCACCUUUCUCCCCCUGACCAGAGCCCCCCUCCGGGUGGUGGUUUACCUGGACUACGAGGCUGGAGACGUCUCCUUUUACAGUGGCACUGACGGAUCCCACAUCUACACUUUCCCCCGCACCAGCUUCUCAGAGACCCUUCGCCCUUUCUUCUACCUUUGGUCCUAUGAUCCAAUCCCCCUGACCAUCUGCCCAGUGCCCGGUGGGGCUGGGGGAGACCUGGUCCCUGCCCCCUCUCAAGACACCUCAGUGACCCCCCCAGGGGUGGGAACAGCCUCAGCCACUGGAGAUGGGGAUCCCCUUCCUGGGUCUGGUGCUCCAUUGCUCCCCCGCUAG